AUGGCGGAAGGGGAGAGGCCGAGGCCGCUCCUCCGGCUGGUGCAGGAGGGACGGCUGGACCUCCUCCGGGACGAGCUGCGGCCGGACGACGCGCUGGGCCCGGCGGUGCAGAGCCAGCGCUACGGGCGCUCGGGGGACACGCUGCUGCACCAUGCUGCCCGGUACGGGCACCGGGACGUCCUCGCCUACCUGGUAGAGGCUCUGGGGAUGGACGUUGAGGUGUUCAAUAGCGACUACAAAAGACCCCUCCACGAAGCGGCCUCCAUGGGCCACGGGGAGUGUGUCUCCUACCUCCUGGAGAGAGGCGCGAGCGUAGACUGCUUGAAAAAGGCAGACUGGACUCCCCUAAUGAUGGCUUGCACCAGGCAAAACCUGGAGGUGAUCAAAGCUCUCGUGGAGCAUGGAGCCAACCCACUGCUGAAGAACAAGGACGGCUGGAAUUGCUUCCACAUCGCGAGCCGGGAGGGCCAUCCCCAGGUCCUCCAGUACCUGCUGGACGUGUCCCCGGACAGCUGGGACACGGAGAGCACGAUAAAGAGAACGCCUCUGCACACAGCAGCAAUGCAUGGCUGUUUUGACGUUGUGGAGCUGCUCCUGGAGCGGUGCCAGUACAAACCUGACAGCAGAGACAAAUGUGGAGUCACUCCCUUUAUGGAUGCUAUCCAGAACGGGCAUGUCAACAUUGCCCGGCUGCUCCUGGAAAAACACCAGGCCUGUCCUACAGCCGUGGACGCGCUAGGCGCUCAGCCUCUGCACCGGGCAGCCGUCACGGCCCAGGAUGAAGCCAUCCAGUUCCUCGUCUCCGAGCUGGGUGUUGAUGUCAACGAGAGAGCGGCGGCCCUCCAACUCACAGCACUGCACUACGCAGCCAAGGAAGGACACGCGCACACCAUCCAGAUGCUGCUGUCCCUCGGCGCUGAUGUCCACGCAAAGGAUGGGAAGAGCCGUUCCGCCCUGCACGCAGCGUGCGCGGGGCAGCAGGCAGCCGCCGCACGGAUCCUGCUCCGCGCCGGGCUGCGGGACGCCCCGGAUGGCACGGGCACGCUGGCACAGCAGCUCGCGAGGAAGCCGGAUGUCAUCCAGGUUUUCCAGGAAACAAAUCACCCAGCACGUCCAAACAACUGAGGCUGCAGCUCCCUGAAGUAUAACCAUCCAAGGACGGUGCCUCACGGGCCACUGCUAGAUGACCUCUGGGGACCUGCGUGGCUUGAACCCCCUGGAGCCUGCCUAGCUCUUGCUGGGAUGUUCCCAUACAGUGGACAUCCUGAAGGAGAAGAUACGCCUGGAUCAUUGGUUUUUAUAGCCCUUAAUGAACCUGCUCUCCACUAAUCUCGUAAGCUGCUUUAAGUGGCCACCUCUUUCGAUAGCCCCUGAGAGAGGCCGAGUGCGGUGCAGUGUAAGCGAGCCCUUGGCGACUCUUCCUUCCUCAGGUUUGAGCUGCGGAGGACAAGCGCAGGGAACGUUCGAGCUGCAUCAACCUCUUACCUCCUUUUUGUGGCCCAAGCCUGAUCCCAAAGCCUGCUGAAAUCAAUACAAAGACCUCAGCCUUGCAGUGACAUCAGGGGUCUUUGGAUCAGACUGAAAAAGAGGUAUUUGUUAUUCCAGACAGCCUUGCUUGGCACGUCUCACCACCAAUGAACUUGAAAAAAAAAAAUCCUGCUCUUUGAAGUGGGUAGGAAAAUGGUUUAAUAUUUAAUGUAGCCAGUAA